CAAAGAGACGCUCACCUCGGUUUAAUCCUCCAUGACUCCUGAAGCUCUGACAGACGGCGCGAGGAUGCUGGCAGACCGAGUCCAGAAAUCUCUGGGUCCCUGCAAGUCACAGGAAGGAUUUCACAGCAAAGUGGUGGCGCCUCGCAAUCCAAAGCUGGUCAAAAAAGAGAAAAAGAAGGACGUGCCACUGACACCGUCCGCCUUUCUGAAAGAGAUGUCACUGACCACGGAGCAGAAGCUGGCCAGCACCCACGAGGUUCAUCUUCCUCGCAUCAUCCAGCUUUUGGAUAUGAGCGAAACCUCACACCAGAAGUUCUCCUCCAUUGAUCUGGACCAAACUCUGUUCCAGCCCUUCCCGUCAGAAAUUAUUUUCCAGAACUAUGCACCAUGUGAACUCUACGAAGUGCCCCUGAUUCUGAGGAACAAUGACAAAAUCCCACGCCUGGUGAAAGUUGUCCUGGAGAGUUCACCUUAUUUCCGGGUCAUCAGCCCGAACGACGUAUGCAACAAGGUCGCGCCUGGCAUGCCCUCAACCUUCCGCAUCCUCUUCACUCCAGAGGAGAAUAAGGAUUACUUCCACGAAGUGACCUGCAUUACUGAAAGGGAAAAGUUUAUCGUCCCCAUCCGAGCCAUUGGGGCCAGAGGCAUCCUGGACUUCCCAGACCAGUUGAAUUUUGCCACCUGCCCUGUCAAGUACAAUACACAGAAAACACUGCUGGUGCGCAACAUUGGCAACCGAGAGGCCCACUACCAGAUCACCACACGGAGACCUUUCUCUGUGGAGCCCUCCAUUGGGACCCUUGCUAUGGGGGAGACCAUGCAGUUCAUGGUGGAAUUCCAGCCCCAAAGAAGUGGCAACCACAGUGAGGACCUGGUGGUGCAUUACGACACAGGGGAAGACGUCCAUGUCAGCUUAUAUGGAGCGGCUGCAGACGUCAACGUGCGGCUGGACAAGAACUCCCUGACCGUUGAGAAAACCUACAUAACUUUGGCCAACCAGAGGUCUGUGGUGAUUCACAACAGGAGCAGCAUCAUUGCACAUUUCCAGUGGAAGGCCUUUGCCACCCCAGAAGAGGAGGAGCAGAAAAAGCAAAAGCUGUGCCACACACUGCAGGCAGAGGAAGAGUGCCUGCUUGACCAGCUUCUGGCCGACUGCAAUAUGAACCCUGCCCUUCGGGAGCAUCUCUCUAUCGUCACCCGGACCUUUCAGAACCGCCAGGCAACGGUGCAGGAAGAUGCGAUGCUAUUCAACAACCACAUCUUCACCAUGGAGCCCCUGGAGGGGGACGUCUGGCCCAACUCCACAGCCGAAAUCAGUGUGAUCUUCCGGCCCCAAGAAGCUGGGAUUUAUCAGCGCACUGUCUACUGUGACAUCUCAGGCCGAGAGAGCAGGCUCCCUCUGCGCAUCAAAGGAGAGGCCAUGGGCCCCAAAGUGCUCUUCAACUUUGACCAGCUGGACAUUGGGAAAAUGUUUGUUGGAUCAGUCCACAGUUAUGAGGCUGUCCUUUCCAACGAAGGAGCCAUCGAUGCCCUCUUCAACUUGACAUGGCCGUCCAGCGCCCUGGCCUCUUGCUUCACCUUCCAACCAAGUGAAGGGAUAAUUGAGCCGGGGAGCCACCAGGCCAUUCAUAUCACCUUCAGCACCACCCUCCUGGGACACUUCUCAGAAGAGUUCAAAUUCAACGUGAACGGAUCCCCCCAACCUGUCCGUUUGGUGAUCAGUGGCUGCGUCAUUGGACCGACAUUCCAUUUCAACGUGCCCUCCCUCGAUUUUGGGGACGUCUCCUUUGGCUUCCCCCGCACCUUGUCCUGCUCCAUCAGCAACACCUCUUUGGUUCCCAUGACCUUCCACCUUCACGUCCCCGGUGAUGGCAGCGGAGAGCCAAGCGCCACCAGCCAAGACCAGGCCUUAGACAUCUCAAGGCCAACGUGGAGAAAGGCACACGCUGCGGCUGCCAAGCUCAGGGAGUUCACCAUUACCCCCAGCCGUGGAACCAUCCGUUCGCAGGCACUCAUGGAUGUCAAGGUCACCUUGUGUUCCAACACGGUGAAGGUCUAUGAAACUGCCCUUGUAGUAGAUGUGAAAGGCAGCGGAGAAGAUGUCCUUGCCCUCCCCAUCACAGCAAGAUGUCUCACACCUCAGCUGCACGUAGCGAAUCCCACGGUGAACUUUGGAUGCUGCUUUUUGAAGUUCCCGUACCAGCAAGUAGCAACACUUGUUAAUGACAGUGACCUUCCAGGAUGCUAUGGUGUUCUUCCCCAGGAGAACGACCAGCCUCCUGCCCUCUUGCAUUCCAGCCCCUUGCCCUGUGGGAUCAUUGCUCCCCACUCCACCACGGAGAUCCCCCUGGUCCUGGAGGUCCAAGAAAGAGGGCGGCAGGAGGCCGUUGCCCACAUUGCUGUCUUUGGGAGGCCAGACUCCCCACUGGCGAUCCAGCUGGUGGGCAUCGGAGAAGGGCCUGUGGUUCACGUGCAUCCCGGCAAGCUUGAUUUUGGCAACAUCCAGGUCUUAACCAAUGUUUCCCAGACGCUCUACCUUUCCAAUCAGUCCGUGAUUCCUGCACCGUUUGAGGCUCGGAUGACCCGGGCACAUUCGCUGUGGAGGAUUGAGCCCAGCCAAGGGACUGUCCCGCCAGAGGCCGAGAUAUCCCUCACCUUAACAGCUCACCUGGAUGACACGGUGCUGUUCCAGGAUAAAGUCAACCUGGUCAUAGAGAACAGCAAUUCCUCGGUCAUCCCAGUCCAGGCCACCGGCAUCGGGACCACCAUCGUCACAGACAAGCCGUUUGCGCCAGCCAUUGAUCUGGGACCUCACUUCAGUUUGGACCCCUGUUGCUAUCGCUUCAAAAUAACAAACCGCGGACGCCGCACCCACCAGCUCUACUGGAUGACGGAAGGCUUCCCACCAUUUCGCCAGCGCAGCAGCAGCUGCGGCAGCCUCCCUGUCCUCAGCACGCACGCCAAGGGCAAGGGUUCCCGGUCGAAGGCUGCUGAGCCCCGGCUUCCAGUUUUCAAGCUUCAGCCACUGAGGAUGGAGCUGACGCCGGGAAGGAGCGUGGAGAUGGUCCUGGAGGGAUCGUCCGACACUCCCAAGGUCAUCAAGGAGAGGCUGGUUUGCCAUGCCAUCAUUGGGAAGCAGUCUGGGAAGCAGUGUAUCAUGAAGGUUGACGUCACCUGCGAAUUCAUUGCACCCAUUCUACAGAUUUCUUGCAGGGAGAUCACCUUCCGAGUGGAGAAGAACCCUGGCGAUGUCUUGACGGCACAAUACGAACUUCUGACCUUGAAGAAUGUCUCCUCUUUGCCUCUCAGCGUCCUUCUCUCAUUGCAGCAGCCCUUCUCCCUCUGUGAUGUGGAUCACAAAGAGCUCCUGACACCUGGUCAGCCUUUAAAGAUGGAUGUUGGGGAGGUGCACCAUCUUUGCAUCCGGUUCGACCCCCUCUACAGAGAUGACUUGUACAACUGGGUAGCCGAAGAAGUCCUGACGCUGCGUUACCUGGAGCACCCCCACGUGGACCACAUCAGUCUCCGGGGAGAAGUGUAUUUCCCAAACCUCCACUUCCAGACCAGGACUCUGGACUUUGGCUGCCUCCUGAAUGACAUGGAAGUCACGCGUCAUGUUGACAUGACUAACUGCAGCCCCCUUCUCAUCAACUACCAUUGGUCCUUCCUGACCGAUGACCACGAGUGCCUCCUCAGGUUCAGCCCCAGGGGCGCCCAGCCUGUUGUAGAGGAGGAAGGAGCCGAAGAAAGGCCGCCGGGUCCCAGUGAGAGCAAGGAUUCUGUGAGGGAAGCAGCUGUAGAAGAUGAUGACAGUGGUGCAAAUGGCCAAGAAGAGUCACUGACAGAACCCUUGGAUGCUCCUGCAGGACGGGGCUCAAAAGCAAAGCCCUCUUUGGCUGAGGACGAGGAAAAGGAAGAGGAAAAGGAAGAGGAAAAGGAAGAGGAAAAGGAAGAGGGGCUUCCAAAGAAGGCCCAGGCAGAGACAAAGGACCUGCUCUGGUGCACAGAACCAGAAGAGCAGCGUUCGAUAGGCGUGGAAGAGGUAUUUGACAUCUUCCCGCUGUUUGGCAUCCUGCAGCCUAAGGAGACUCUGAAAAUGUCCUUCACGUUCUAUGGCCACCCCGACAUCGUGGCCUGCGUGAAAGCCCUCUGCGAAGUGGAAGGGGGCCCCACCUAUGAAAUCCUGCUGCGUGGUGAAGCCUCGGUUGUGAGUUACGAAUUCGACAGAAAAGAGAUCGACUACGGGCUCCAGCUUUUUGAUCACAUCAGCGUGGCCGAGAUCACACUGCAGAAUACGGGGAAGGUUGGAUUUGAGUACUCUGUCCUUGAUGCCAUCCUGGCUUCGGCUGACAACCCUCCCCCUGGGGUGCCCCUGGCUCUGCCUGUCAGUAGUUAUAUUGAAUCAGGCAAGGAGCACGUGCUCAAGGUCUAUUACUUGCCCGGAGUCCCUGAGGUCUUCCGCAGAACUUUCCAGAUCCAGGUAGCACACCUGGAGCCGGACACCGUGACCCUGAAAGGAGAGGGAAUCUUCCCCAGAAUCUGCCUGGACCUGCCCAGGAACAUCAGAGGGAACGAGCGGUACAGCACCUUUCUGAGAGAAGCCAAGCAGCGACUGGAACAGGAAUCCCACAAGGACUCCAGCAGCAACUCUGAAGCAGUGGCCAACGAAGCUCCUCCGGAGGAAUCUCUCACCACUUUGGACACUCAGCUGCAGAUGGAAGUGGAGAGGCUGCUGGUUCGAGAUCAUGCUCUGGAGCAGCAGAGGCUGCUGGCUGGAGACCCCUGUCAAGACCCUACCUCCAGCCAGCGCAUGCGCCGGAAACUGGUCAAGGCACAACUGCCUGAGUACAUCUUGGACUUUGGGUACAUCAUCCUGGGGAGCGUGCGGAAUCACAUUGUCAAAAUCACCAACACCAGCCCAUUCCCGGUGUCUUUCCAUGCAGACACACGGAGCCUCCAGGAUACAGGUUUCAGCACCGGAUUGGAUCGAGUGAAGAACCUUCCCUUCUGCGAGACGGAGACCUUUGAAGUGCUGUUUGAUCCCCAGAGCGCCCACCGGCCCCUCGGGGAGGUGGACGUCCUCUUGCCCAUCAAGGUGGUGUCCGGGCCGACCUUGUUCAUCUCCCUCCGUGCCAUGGUGAUCAUGCCCUCCCUCUGCAUGUCCAAUGAUAAUCUGGAGUUUGCGGCCGUCCAGUGUGGCCAGUGCCAAGUGGAGACCAUCCAGCUUCACAAUCAGCUGCAGGUCACGUGCGAAUGGUUUGCCACCAGCAGUGAGCAAAUGAAGAAGGUGGACAAGGGCAUGCCGAUGACCCUGCGUCGGAAGAUGCGCCAAGAAUUAAGAGCGAAGCCCCAUGUGUUUGAGAUGAUACCCCCCUAUGGGAUCCUGGCUCCUGGAGAGAGGCUCAAUGUGCAGGUCAAAUUUGCACCCAGAGAAGAGAAGUUCUACCGCAACUACCUGAUCCUGAGUAUCUCCCAGAGCACCCACCAGUUGCUGCUGAACGUCUCUGGGCAGGGGCUGGAGCCGCGGCUAGAGUUCAACCCCUCCGUCCUGGAACUCGGGCCCCUCCUGCCUUACGCCGCUGGGGAUGAGGCCGAAGUGGUGGUGAAGAACCCCUGCAGCUUCCCCAUCGAGUUCUACUCCUUGGAGUUUGACCAGCAGUACCUGCUGGAAGAACGGAUGUUGCGCCUGUUGAAGGGCUACGACACCCAUAACAUCCUCCUGUUGCCCCCUCGCAUUCCUGGAGAGAAGCUUCCUCCCGAGGUGCUGGAAUAUUAUGAGGAACAGAAAAAGAUUCAGGGCGAUUUGGAGGGAGGGCCUCUGGAUAAUGAAGAAGAGGAGAACGCCCAUCUCUCUGAGCACGGCAUAAAGCUUCUCCCUUCCAGUACAGUGCAGACCCGAUCCGUGGGCGGGGUCUCCCUUCUUCCUUCGGUUUCGCUCUAUGAUGAGAACCGCACUCUCAGGGUGGACUCCAGGCUGGACCAGGAGGAAGAAGAGGAGGAGGAGGAGGGUGUGGACCAAGGGCAAGGACAAGCAGGGAGUCAGCAAAGCUUUGGCAAGCACCGGGAGGCCGUCGGAGAGCUCGACAACAAUCCGGUCUCAAAAGCCAUCGCGCGUCACCUUGGCAUCGACAUCUCCCCAGAAGGACGGGCAGCCAGGAACCGCCGAGGCAUUGCGAUCAUAGUUCAUGGCGCUCCCCUGACAGGAAAGACCGGUGCUGCCAUCACCCUGGCCAGGCACUACAGCGCCGCUUGCCUGUCCAUUGACUCUGUGGUCCUGGAAGCCAUUUCGGAGGGGAGCAGCUCGGCAGGCCUUCGCGCCCGGGAGCUCUGCCUUCGCGCUGCCAUCGAGCAGGCCCAGCGGGAGAACGAAGAGGGCGGACCAGAAGGGCAGCCAGCCCUGUCUUUGGGCACCAGGCUGAGUGGUGAGGCUCUGGCCAAGCACACCUCCGAUGGCAGCCAGCAGAGUUCGGAGUCCAAGAUGGGGCCCGUCUCCACCCUCUCCAGGGGCUACCGGGGGAGCACCGCAGCCACGGCCAAGGGCAAAUCUGAGGGCCACACCUCCCAGAGGCAGCAACAGCACCAGCUGUCUGACCUGCCUGGAUCCCAGGUCCCCUCCAGCCCGAUUCCCAGCGCUCCCGUCCAGCGGCGUCUCAGCCUCAGUGCCAGCGUGGCGGGAGAAUACGGUCUGAUGAGCUGCGUGCUGCCCGAGGAGCUCCUGGUGGAGAUUCUUUCUGAGAGGAUGCAGCUCAGCGACUGUUACCGCGGCAUGGUGUUCGACGGGCUGGAGACCCUGUUUGCCCGCAGCCUGGUGUCGGCUCUUCUCUGCCUUCUCAAGGCCAUCAACAACCGGCGCUACAUCUACUUUGUGAACUUGUCCCAGGACUUUGCUGCCAUGAAGGCCAGAGAGAAAAGCAAGCAGGAGGAGGCAGAGCGAGAGCAGCAGGAAGCCCUGGCGCGGGAGAAGGCCCGUCUCCAGGAGAUGGACGAAGAGGAGUACGACGCCCUCACAGAAGACCAGAGAGUCCGGUUUGACAGCGAGCUGCUCCAGGCGGUCCGCGACCGGAAGCAGAGGGAGCAAGAGAAACUGGCUCGGGAGCUGGAAGAGAAGAAGCACCAGCAGGAACUGGAGCGCUUGCGAGAGGAAGAAGAGAUGAAGAAGAAGUCCAAGCGGUACAAGAGGGAGGUGGCCAAAGAGAAGGAGGAGCCUGCGGGGAAGAAGGGCCCGCCGGCCAAGCAGAACGCUCCCGUGCCUGCCUUCAAGUCGGAUGGGAAGCUGAAUGAAGGCGUUGAGCGCAAGACGUCAGCCAAGGAGCGUCUCGAAGUGGGUACCAACGAGAAGGACGAGAAGAAGAAGAAGAAUAGAACAGCCCUGCAGAAUGGGCAGCCUGGGGCCGCCCCCGCCCCGGCCCCGGCCCCAGAAGAAGAGGAGGCCGAGAAGGAAGCGAUGAGCGAGGCCGAGAAGGCCCUGGCGCAGCGGUUCAAGCUCUACGAGGCCAGCCAGAAGGAGAUCCCUCAAGUCCUGAUGUUCUGGGACAGAGUCCAGCGGGUCCAGCUGCAGCCCCCCGGGUCGGAGGAGAAGCCGGAGGAGGUGGAGGACCAGCGGCAGGCUCCCUCGGGCCGCAAAGGAAGGAAGGACAGGGAGCGGCAGGAGCGGCUGGAGAAGGAGCGAGCGGAGAAGGAGCGGCUGGAGAAAGAGAAGGCGGAGCGGGAGCGCCUGGAGCGCCUGAAGGCCCUGGAAGAGAACCGGGCGGCCGAGCAGGAGGGGGGAGGCCGGGAAGGCAUAGAGAAGGACCUUGGGGUCCCCUACCUGGAGUUCCAGGUGCUCAGUUCGGAGGACGCCAGUGGCAAGAGGAUCCUGGAGAGCGGGAAGCUGCCGGACGUCGUCCAGAUCCUGAAUGGAUUGGGUCUGGGCCCUUCGGGGCCACCCAUCCCCCCAACAGCUUUUUUCUCCGUGAUCCCGUACCCAGAGAAGCGGUCGGCCCCAGUCCCGGGAGAGGCUCUUAAGCACUUCACUUUCAUUGUUCCCGAAGAACUGAAUCCGGAGGAAGAGAAGAAGGAGAGCGAGGCCGUGGGAGAGGCCACGGCCAUCAUCCCUGCGGCCAAGGAGGAACAGAUCACCCCAACGCGUGGCAGAUCCCGGAGAGAAAAGGCUGAGCCAGCUCGGGAGACACCCAAGGAGAAGAAGGGCGCCAUGCGUGGCAAGAAGGCCGCUCCCCCAAGUCCAGGCACCAUGACCACCCUGUCUGAGCUUGAUCAGGGGGGGCUCGCUGGGGAAUCCUCCAGUGAGAAACUGCAGAGGUUGAGCACCUUCCGCUGGACUGUCCCGGCUAACGGAGAGGUGACCAUGCACCUCCAUUUCUCCUCCACCACCACCGGUCUGUUUGAUCAAGUCCUGAAUUUUGAGAUCCUGGGAACCCGGCGGCAGUAUCAGGUCUACUGCAGGGGCACCUGCACCUACCCGGGCAUCUGCCAGGAUCCCACGGUCGUAUUCCCUCACCGCAAGAAGAGCAUUAAGCCUGAUGAAAUUGUCUUCAAGAAGUACAUCAUGAGCCUGGGUGUGUUCCACUUUGGCCCCUUGCUCUGUGGAAAAUCCAGGGAAAAGUACAAGGCUGCCCGUUCCCCCAACCACUUCGAGCGGAUAACCAUCUUGAAUGACUCUCCUUUGGAAGCAGAAGUCCAUUUCUUCUUCCAGCACGAUUCCAAGGCGAUCACAUACCUCUUGGAGCCCCCCAGCCUGACGCUCAAGCCCAAUGAGAAACAGGUGCUGACCGUCUGGGCCUAUCCCACCGCCAGCGGGAUAUUUGAGGACAGCAUCGUCUGCUGCAUUAAGGAGAACCCGGAGCCUGUGACCUUCCGGAUCUGCUGCCAGGGGGUUCGGCCGGAACUAGAGCUGGAUCGCCGACAGCUGCAUUUUGAGAAGCUGCUCCUGCACAGCCACCUUCCCCUGCCGCCUCCCCCCGUUCAGAUUGAAAACAUCCAAAUUGUUGCCGAGGCCUAUGACGUUGCCCUGGACAUCAGCUUUCCCAAAGGUACGAAUGGGUCUUUGGAGUUUGGGACCGUUCGGAUCAUGGAUGAAGCCAAGCAGUGUUUGUCCUUGAAGAACAAAGGCAAAUACGACAUUGGUUACAGCUUGGGCGUGGAAACCAGUGACCAUGGGAUGCCCAGUCUGAGCCCCUUCUUCUCCUUCCAGCCCCGAAAGGGGAACCUGGGUCCUAACGAACGCCCUACCCAAGUGCAGAUUGUUUUCCGUGCAAAGAAGGAAGUGAGAAUUGAGGACAAGCCCAUUCUUCAGUGCAAUGUGAUUGAGCCCAGCCUCUGCGAAGGCGGGGAGGUCAUCGCCACCAUCCCCAUAAAAGUGUCCGCGCAGUCUGCCUACUCCAAGUACAGCAUCAUCCCGCCCACCCUCGUCAACUUUGGGCCGCUGCUGAACGGCUCCCGGAAGACCAGUGCCUUCACCAUCGAGAACAAGGGCAUGCUUGACUUCAAGUUCGGCCUCUUCAAGCAAGUCCGGGAUGUCAUCAUCCAACCCCGGAAGGGAAACUCCCACCUCAAGAGCUCCCGUUCCCGCGAGGCCGACCCGAGCCGGCCCUCCGGUCCCCAGGGCACAGGCAGGCAAAGCAAGCACGCCGAAUCUCUGCAGAGGGACGUGAACCUUGUGGCUCAGGCUCGCUUCUCCAUGGGGAUGUUCACCGUGUCCCCCGGAUUUGGGACCGUUCCUCCCGGAGGCCACCAAGCCAUCACCGUGGAGUGCUUUGCAGACCAGGUUGGGAAGUGUGAGGAAUACUUGACCAUUGAGAUCCUGGACCGAGACCCUGAAGACAACCCCGGGGGCAUUCAGUAUGCGCUGGUGGCCGAGUCUUGCAUCCCAGGCUUUGUGACUGACAACCCCGGGAUCAUAUUCGAGGAGCAUCGGAUCUGCUGCAGCAGCAGCCUCAGCCAGGUGCUGAAGAGCGACGGCUGCGAGGGCGUGUACGUGGUCGAUGAGAACCGGUUCAUCUUCAACAACGUCCUGGUCGGGCACCAGGCGGCGGCCCGUUUCAAGAUCUGCAACGUCGGCCGAAUCCCCUGCGAUGUCCUUCUGGCCACAAAGCCCAUCUCUGCCAAGACCUCGGUCCGAGCCAGCGACGUCUUUGAGGUGCACCCGGUGCGGAUGUCCGUGGCCAGUCAUUCACACGCCUUUGCGACGCUCACCUUCUCCCCGCAGAGUCUGCAGAGUUACCAGUGCCUUUUUGAGGUUUCGGUGGAUGCCAUGCCCAGUGUGGCUGCCAAAUCAAAAAACCUGUCCUUUGAGGUCACGGGAGAGGGCAACCUUCCCCGCAUCACCAUUGUGCGGCCCGUCCUUCACAAUAAGAAAGGGCACCCCCUCCUCCUCUACAGGCGGAUCCUCUUGGGCCACACAGAGACCCUCCCCUUGGUCCUCAGGAACAGUGGCACGAUACGGGUGCAGCUCUACCUGGACAUGUCUGACGAGUAUGGCGCCUUCAGUCUGAAGCCCAGGCCCACCACCCAGUGCACCUAUGUGUCUACUCAUAGCGAGGAGGGCGACUCCAGCGAGGGAGUCAGGAAACCCCACACCGCCUCUCUGACCCUACGCAGCGGGGAAUCGGCCGAGUUUGAGGUGGUUUUCCAACCCAGCCUGGCCCAGCGCCUGGAAGGGCAGAUCCGCCUCUCCAUUGUGGACAACCAGUACGAGGAGACCAGCAUCCAGAUGGUAGGGGAGGGUUACCAGGAGGAUGUCACCCUCGACCACAUCCACAGCUUGGCGGCCGACGGAGAAGGGGAGAGCACAGGAGAGGCCGCCAGGAGGGACUGCAUCCGGUUUGGGGACUGCCACGUCCAGGAGCCCUACCAGGCAACAUUCACGAUAACCAACCACAGCAAGACGGACGCCGUGAGAUUUGAAUGGCCGGCUCUGAAUCCCUUUCUCUUUUCCCCUCAGGUUGGCCAUCUCCACGCCGGGUGCACCAAGAACAUUGUGCUGACCUUAAAGUCUAGCACCCCCAUCACCCUCCAAGAACAGCUGCUCAAGUGCAAAGUGUCCAAGAUUGCCUUCCAACAGCCUGCCGAGCAGGUGCCCGACUGGGAUGACCGGCUGCACACCGUCAAGUGGGUGGAGGUCUCCAGAAGCGCAACAGCCCCUCGCCCAGCCAGGAAGAAGGUGAUAGAGACCGACCCGGAACCCGCUCACCUGGUGGUGGAAGACGGUGGCCGAGAGCUGGAGCUCCGGGUGAGCGCCACGGUGGACUACGCCCAGUGCCAGAUGGAGGUGGACAGCGUGCACUUCAAGGAGACCCUGCUGUUCCAGACCAGGGUGUUUGCAGUGGAGCUGUCCAACACAGGGAAUGUGCAACUGGAAUACACCUGGAAGGUGAUGAUGGAAGACAGCGGGAGGGCUGUCAACUUCGCCGCUGAGCCCUUGACAUCAAGCGCAGAAGGUGCAACAGGGGAGGUUCCCUCGGGGACCUCGGCCACGUCCCUGAAGCCCCAUUCCAGCCGGCCCCUGAGCCAGACCGGGAGCGCCCUGGAGAGUUCCUCGUCCUACAUGUUCCCGCCGGUCGCUGCCCGGCCUCCCUUCUUCCUGGAGCCCAGCAGUGGCGCCGUCCCUCCAGGGAAGUCCCAGUCGCUCCAGGUGAAGUUCUCUCCCCAGGAAGUGGGAGACUUUGAGGGCCGCCUGCUCUGCAGCGUCCCUAACCUGAAGCCGGGCGAGGAAGGCCCCGUCGUCGCUGUGAAAGGGAAGAGCCUCUUGCCUUAUUGCCACUUUGAGCUGGAAGACUCCGAUUACAUUACAGCAAACAGACGCAGCCCAGACCUGCGAGGGCCUGGCGGGAAGGGCCUGGAUCCCAACACCAAAGUGAUUGAGUUUUCCUCCGUGGGGGUGCGCGUCCGAAACACCAAGAGCUUUGCCAUCAUGAACCCCACCAACGCCCCCUACUCAUUCCAGUGGGCCUGUGAGCAGCAGCAGCAGCAGAAGGAGGAGGGCCAGGAGCACCCUGCCUUCGUCUGCUGUACGGAGCGGGGCCAGCUCCGGCCGGAGAAAAGGCUGGAGGUCAUCUUUGAAUUCAUCCCACAGCAUGUGGGCAUCACAGAAUCCUUUUGGACCUUCACCAUUCCCGAGGUGGAGCUUUCUGUCCCCUUCCUCCUGGUGGGCCAUGCCACUGAUCCGAACGUCUCCCUGGACCGAUCGCACUUGAAUUUCCAUGCACUUUUGGUUGGACAUGAGGCUCGUGACGUUUUUGAGAUUAUCAACAGUGAGAAGGAGGCCUACAGUUUUUCUUUCCGAGACAGUUCCCGUUUUUCAGAGGGGUGGACCAACAGCCUGAGACUGGAGCCCAUGGAAGGCUCAGUCCCCCCUCAUUCCAGGCUUCCUGUCACCGUCUACUGCAAGCCAACCCUGGAAGGGGAAAUCAACUUCAACUUGGUCUGCGACGUCAAGAGGAAGAGCCAGCCCCUCUGCUUGAACGUCAAAGCCACCGGCCACACCCUGGACGUCUCUGUGAGGUGCGAGCAAAGCAAUGGCUCGGUGACGGAGUUGAGUCCGGGCCAGCCAAACCAGGUGCACUUCCGAGAGAUGCAAGUGAACGAUUAUGCCCAGUGUCGCUUCUAUAUUCUGAACACCGGCAAGUUCAACUGCCCCUUUUCCUGGGAGUUCCACAACACCAAAGCCGUGCAGCGCUAUUUUGUCAUCUCUCCAAACAAGGGGGUGGUGGAACCAGGGGAGCGGGUGGAGGCCACGCUGUCCUUCCACCCACUGAAGAUGUGCAGCUUAAAAGGUGCUGAGCUCCAACUGCAGAUCAUCCAGGGCCCCACGUUCACUUGCGCCCUUCGAGGCUCGGUCUCGGCCCCCAGCCUCCACUUCUCUUUCACCCAAGUGGACUUUGGGAGCAGCUUCAUCUAUCAGGCUGGGAUGCCAAUCCCAAGACGAACUCUCACUGUCACAAAUAAGGAUGACAAGGAGACCAGCCUGGAGUGUUUGUUCACCAACACGCCUCACCUGGAGGUGGGCUUCCGGGCGGAACUGCUGAGCCCCGGAGGGAAGAUGGAGAUUCCAAUCAGCUUCUACCCCCGAGAAGCCGUGUCCUACCAUGAGGUCAUCCCUUUUGAAAUCAGUGGGCUCCUGCGCCGCAACGUUGAGGUCUUUGGGAAGGGCAUCGAGAUGAAGAUUGACGUCGUGGAGCCUCGGAACAAAGUGCUGAAAUUUGGGGCCGUCCCAGCAGGACACGCGGUGAGGAAGUCGGCCACGAUAGCGAACAACAGCGUCGCCUCCGUCACCUUCCACCUCAGCUUCUUAUCUUGUGUCCCUCAGCUGCAGGAGGCGAAGGUUCUCACCAUGAGCCCUUCAAGUGAAGUCACCCUGAGGCCCAAAGGAGGCACCUGCCAGGUGGAGGUCACCUUUGCUCCAAAGAGCCGCAUCCUGCCAUUCACGGAAGAGGUCCUGCUGGAGUGCCAGGGGCUCGUGCGCUCCCUCUUUGUGGUGCAAGGCUGCAGCCAGGGCAUCGAAGUCAGCCUGGAUCAGAGCCAUGUCCCUUUCGGGGCAGUGGUCCUGCGCAGCCAGGCUUCCCGGCGCAUCACCAUGCAGAACACCGGAGACAUCGGAGUGGGGUUUAAAUGGGACGCCAAGCGCUUCAAGCCCGACUUCUCCAUCCGGCCGGUGGAGGGCUAUAUUUCCCCCGGCAUGGACGUCUCCUUCGAAGUGACUUUCCACCCCUGCAAAGAGAGCCAGGACCUCUGCUACGAGAGCCUCCCGUGCCACAUCCAAGGCAGGGAGCCCCUCCGGCUCACCCUGAGCGGCAGCUGCGUGGGAGUUCCCCCAGUCAAGGAGGUGGUGAACUUCACGUGCCAGGUGCGUGGGAGGCACACACAGACCAUCAUGCUUUCCAACCGGACUAACCAGCCGUGGACGCUGCGGCCCAUCAUUGAGGGGGAGCAGUGGAAGGGCCCUGAGUUCAUUCGAGUGGAUGCCCACCAACAAAACAAGCCGUAUGAGAUCACCUACCGCCCCCUCACCAUGAACGUGGAGAACAAGAAGGACCAGGGCUCCAUCUUCUUCCCACUCCCGGAUGGAACAGGGCUUUUGUACCACUUGCAAGGCACCGCAGAACCUCCCAAGUCUGCUGGGAACAUAAUCCGGGAAGUUCCAUGCAAAACGUCCUAUACGGAGCUGUUUCCUAUUUCCAACUGGCUAAACAAGCCACAAAGGUUCCGUGUCACAAUCGACAUGCUGAAACCGGAGAAGCUGGAACUCACUACCACCCUGAAAACCCUGGACUAUGUGGAGGUGCCCGCUUCGGCCAAGAAGGAUCACAAGCUCACCUUCUUCUCUUACAAGGAAGGCAUGUACACGGCCAAGGUGACCUUCCGCAACGAAGUGACCCAGGAGUUCUUGUUCUACGUAAUCACCUUCAAGGUCAUCCCUUGCGGCCCGCUGGGCACCAUUGAACUGACCGCCCCGGUCCGUCAAAGCGCCUCCUCCUCUGUGAAGGUCGAAAACCCCCUGCCUCUGCCGGUGACCUUCACCACGGACUGCAAAGUGCCCGACAUCAACCUGCCGCCCCAGUUUGUGGUCCCAGCUCAUUCCGAGGGUGUGCUCGCGUUUGAUUUCCAGCCUGUGAGACCUGGAGAAAGUGGAGGGCGGCUGGCCCUGAACAGUAAUGAGCUGGGAUCCUUCCAGUAUGACCUGGUCUUGAAAGCUACUCCGGCCCGGCCAGAGAAAACGCUGACCUUCUGCACCGCACUGGGCAGCAGUCAAAGUCUGUUCACAAAGUUCGUCAAUUACACCCGCCAGAAGACUGAGUAUGCCACCAAGAUUGACUGCUCUGACUUCCAUGUGGACAAAGUCAUCAAUGUGCCUGCAGGAUCCCAGGCAGGGAAUGAAAUCAGCGUGGAAGUGACCUUUGAACCGUGCCAGCUGGGGGAAUCGAGGGGCACGCUUACCCUCUCAUCCGCCAUAGGAGGCGAUUACACGUUCCCUCUCAUGGGCACAUCUGUGCCUCCGAAGCCACAGGGACCGAUUCAAAUCAAAUUUGGCACCAGCACAACCAUCCCCUUCAAGAAUGUCUUCAUGCAGCCCAUGGCUUUCACUUACAUUGUGGAGAAUCCAGCUUUCAUAGUCAAGGCCCCCGAGACUAUUCGGCCUAAGAAGUCUGCUACCAUCACCGUUUCCUUUGAGGGGAACCCCGCUGGCAGUAAGGCCCCCGUGACCAGCAAGCUGGUGGUCUCCUGCCCGCGUGCAGCUGGACUGAGCUCUGGAGUCUCCUGGGUUUAUUAUUUGAAGGGUGUCUUGCCAGAGAAAUGAAUGACCCCAGACCGCCCGUUUCAGUUUCGUUUAACUGCAGUCUGCACCGAUGGAAGGGUUUGGCUUUCUGUCCUUCAUGGUAUUCAGACCCCUCCGAUUCUCAUUCCUUUCCCCCUCCACAGAAGGAGGAUUCACCAAUGCCUCUGUACUCUUUCUGCUUUGGAAGACCUCCGUCAACAUUCUAGACACAAUCACGGAGGUCGUACAGGUAAACUCUUUUUUGCCU